AGGCUUGAGAUACAGCAGUGCAAGCUAUCUGCUGAGAUGACCAAGAAGUUGUGGUCCUGCCUCAAAUCCUUCACCUCGCUGAACCAGCUUACCUUUGCAGAUUCCUCUCUUAGUUUCCCUCCAUCUCCUCCUGAGCUUCUAUCCGUCACAAAGCUAUUAGCCGAGAGAGUGACACCACAAAGCUAUGAAGGUCUGCUCUCAUCGCUCCCUGGCUUGAGAGAUAUCGAAAUCACUAUCGAUGAUGCAGAGAGAGACAUAGCUCAGAUCACGGCUUGUCUUCGUCGGACCGGAGGACAGCAGAUCAUGCACAUCAAUCUUAGAGCCCCGUCAUCACUCCCAUCAGAGAAGGACAGUGUAUCAAUAGAGACGAUGAAAGGACUAGGUUGUCUGAUUACAGACCAAACCAAGAACCUAGAUUGGCUGCAUCUGACCGGAGUGAAGUGCACAGACGAGGACGACUUGGUUCACCUCAUCGAGUGCUGCAGAAAAGUGAAGUCGAUGUCAUACGUGUGGUUAGACAACUGUGGAACUAAAGAGGGCGGCAGACUGGAAUCUCAUCUCAUAGUUCUUACUAACACACCACUCGGGUAUCUCUGUGUUAUUGUUGUUCAUGAUGGUGGAAUACUGGAAGGAGAGUCGUAUCACAUUUCUCACAUUGGUUAAGUGCCAGUGAUGAAUACAAACUACCGGUCAAUCUGACAUGUACCAUGGCCUUAUACCUGACAUACAUCACUAUGUUCGUUGACGGACCUCAUACGUCAUUUCUUACAUUGGUUAAGUUACACUGAUGACUAUGCACACCCGGUCAAGUGGAUAUACGUCACUAUGUUUAAAUAAUCAUUAGGAACCAGAGCAUAUAACACUAAGUUCCCAUAGGACAUAUAUUUAUUCAGAUGGUCAUAUCUCAGCCAAUA